AUGGCUGGUCAAGGACAUCAAUUCCCUGGGAAUUUCCAAGGAAAUCCUGCUAUGCGGUCAGGAUAUGGGGCGAGCCCAAUGCCGGGUCAGAUGCAGACAAUGCCCAACCAGUUAGCAGGUGUAAUGGGUGGUCCCAUGGGUGCAGCUGGUAUGGUAGGCAUGGGCAACCAAAUGGUCCCCCCUGGAUAUGGAGCUCCAAUGCAGAAUCAAAUGGCUAAUAUGGGAAUGGCAGCUCAGGGCCUGGUAGGUGUACCUGGGCCACCAGGAAUGGGUCCACAAGGAGUUCAACCAACAGGUGCAAUGCAACCAGGCACUGUGCAGACCCCAACAGCCCCUGGCCCUCCACCAGCUCCAAGCCAACCCCCACAAAGCAAAGACUUCAAUAUGGCGUCUUUAUGCAAGUUUGGACAGGAGACGGUACAGGAUAUCGUAUCUCGGACACAGGAGAUGUUUCAAACGCUGAAGGCCGCGGCGCCGCCAUCUGGCACAGCCCUUGGCGAGAGUGCGUCCCACGACAAGCGCGCCAAGAUGCAGGAGCAGCUCCGAACUAUUCGACUGCUGUUCAAACGAUUGCGCCUCAUCUACGACAAAUGCAGUGAAACGUGCCAAGGAAUGGAGUACACGCACAUGGAGAGCCUCGUGCCGCUGAAGGAUGCACCUGACCAUAAAGCCCUGGACGAGCGGAGGCACUCCGACGCCUACCGUGCCGCCCUCGACCAGAAUAGAGAGCUGGUGGAGCAAGUGGUACUCAAAAACAAGCAGCUCAAAGAAGUCAUCACUAGCCUUCGUACCAUUAUCUGGGAGAUCAAUGUGAUGCUCACGAUGCGCAGGUCCUAA